GAUUCUAAACAACAGAAAAUGGAUCUAUUUCAAACAAAUAACACUUUUUGGGAUGUUCUAGAAUCUGAUUUCUGUGCUAUACCCAAAUAUAUCAAAAAUAUUCUAACGUUUUGCAAUUUUGGAAAUGUGCUAUCUCUUCAAAAAUUUGAGAACGAUGAUAUCAUCAAAAUCGAGCAAAUAGCCAAAAAUCAAUUUAAAAACUGGCUUGAUGAACACGAGAUCACAACAAAUUUAAUUGAUUUCUUCGGCCCGAUUUAUUAUUCGAAACCAGACCAAUUCACCUUCACUUGUGGCGAUAUAAAAAUGAUACAGCAAAUUUCGGAAUGUGUUCGAUCAACAGUUCAAAAGAAAGGUUAUGGAUAUUUGAAGGGGGAAAUAAGCCCAAGUCCGCAAAACGUUGAACGAAAUGAAAGCAAUGGUGAGGAAGAAUUACAAGAACAACUUUUUAAUGGUAUAUUAAAUUUGUUGCAACCAUAUGGUGAAUGCGUGACGUCGCUUUUCAAAAAGGAUAUGGUUAUUGUUGGAAAUCAGAAUGGAGUUAUAAAUGGACGUGUUCGUUGUAUUAUAUGCGACACCGAAUCCGAAACUGGGAAAAAGAGCAAAAAAAGGCGACAAGAGCUUUAUUCGCAAUAUUGGAAUGGUCAUAAGUGGUUGCUUUCAAACUUUGCCUACCAUCACUUACAAAAGAUACAUCCAAUUGAAAAAGAUACAAACCAAGGACCAAAAGACAAAGUUGUUUGUGUUGCUGAAGAUACGAUGCAGACAAGACAAAUCGGUGAUGAUUUUGAAAACAGUUCCAGUGAAACGAAUUCAAUUGACAAUGGUAUGUGACAAUUGAAAAAAAAUUGCUGUAGGAAACAGAUACAAAUUCUUAUUUCGUUCUCAAUCUAGACAGCGAAAUGGAACAGACGUUAAUUGAAUUAGAUAUUGAACCAUUGAAAACAGAUGACGAAUUUAAUGUUCAGCUUCAUAAACUACGAGCGCAAUUACAGUUCCAUAACAUUCGAAUGAGUAAUAAUGCAUUUCAAAACAAAGAGAUGGCAUCUGAAUGUGAAAUUCAAUUGAGCGCUGGAAAGUUUUCAACAAUUGAACUAUGCAAAAUUCCCAAGGAUGGAAAUUGUCUUUUUGGAGCAACUGUGCAUCAACGUUAUCAUUUCGAGGUUGAUUCAGAUGAAUACAAGCAAGGAGUAGCUGAACUAAGAAAGGAAGUUGUUAGCCACAUAAAAGCAAAUUUGAAGCUAUACGAGCGAAAAUUAUUAGGUCGUAUUUAUGAGGACAAAAAAGCAAAAAGUCAAAACGAGGAAGUAGGCUUGGAACAUUUUCUUGAUGAGUACUUAUCUAAAGAUCGCUAUUGGGGUGGUUCGGAGAGUGUUCAAGCAAUUAGUGAAUUGUUCAAAGCAAAUAUAGUUGUUUUUAAUGAAUGGGGUGAGGUCAACUAUGGUAAUCAUUUCGAUUCAUCAUAUGAAGAUGUCAUCACACUUGCUUUCCGUGUAUCCAACCCAAAUACCAAAAAGGAAAAUGUGCCUAAUAGUCAGCGUAAUCACUAUGACAGUAUUGUUAAGCUUAACAAUAAUACCCUUUACGAAUGUGCGUCAAGUUUAGCGAUGAAUCAAACAAAGUCAUUUCAAUUCCAAAGU